GUAAGCGGGGCCGGGUUAUCGAUCGCCCAACUUCACCGCAACAAACUCAUAAAGCAAAACAUUUUGGGCUCAGCCAGCAGACGGCUUUGUUUUACCAGCUGCUUGUGUAGAAUUCUUUUCAAAUAUUUUUUUUCGCCAGGCUUCUGAUUUUAUUUUUUUAAUAUUCUAAAUGUCCGACAUCUUAGCCGAGCGAACAUCCGAGUUUUCUCAUAAGUAAAGUCGAGUGUUGGUGAGUUGAGAUUAGUGAAGUGUUUCUAAAAAUAGCCAGAGCGAGGACCAUGAGAACAGUGACAUAAUGCUUGUUGUCGUGAGUGAACGACACACGAAUACACCGCUAUGGACGAUCUCUGUGGAUUAUUGACAGAAAAUCUCACGUGCGUAGUUCGCCAGGUGAUUCAAAGGUGAUUGAGAUGGAAAAACACAGGUCAUGUCGGUGUCAUUGUUUACAAAACAGUGUCCUGCUAGAGAGUGUUGUCAUCACCUUGACCCUCGUCUCUGUCUUGGCCAUCACAGGCAGGAACCUGCUGACCUUUCAUUUAAUCACAGUUCCUGAAGUUUCGAUUGGGUCGGGAAACUUGACACAACCUAAUGAAAACAAAGAUGAUCAAAUGUUUACACCUAAUGUCAAAAUUGUGGAUUUACUGGACACCAUUUUUUGUCUGACCAGUCUAGGAAUUGCUGCUUUAUUUAUGCUGGAGAUCCUUCUCAAAGUUAUAACUUUACACAAAGCAUUUGUGACGAAUCCUUGGCAGGUUUUUGAUUCUCUUGUAGUGAUUGCCACAUUGUCUGCUGAGCUCAUCUUCUAUUUUAUGACCUUCAGUGAACCAGCUUUGUAUUCUAUCAACUACGUGGUUGUCUUAAGACUCUGGAGGAUUCCUUAUGUUUGUUCCAUCAAAUCCAGGCAAACAGAAAGAGCUAUGACUGUGGAGUUAGAACAGUAUAAAAUUAAAACAGAAGACAGAGUGACCACGCUGCAAAAUACUGUAGCCAAACAUGAGGCAACAAUCCUAGCUCUGCAGAAAGGAUCUGCUCUAAAGACAACUGAUGAAAAGAACUCAACUCCUCCCACCAGGGGCAAAGAUGGCAGAAAAAAUGUCCCGCCUAAAAAUCUCCCCACUAAAGCAAUGAAAAAGACAGCCCUUCCAACAAUUAUGUCAAAAAUUUCAGUUGAAGCCAACUCAGGCCAACAAGAAACAUCUUUCUAUGAAAGUCUGAAAGAUUCUGAAAGACAAGAUUCACCACCAACUGAUGAUAUUCUUCUGAGGAAUCAGGUCAACAAUAAUCUCAGUAAAUCAGAAAUGAAUAUCAUGAGAGAGCUUCCGCGCUCUGAAGCUUCAUACAAUAUCAGUGAAUUAUCUAAACGGCCGAGGCAAACCGCCUCCCGUAUUCGUAAACGUCGUUCCUCUACUAGUGAGUACAUAGACUACAGUAACAUGAACUCGCCAGAUAAAAAUGUGCCAUUUUUUAUUGACAAAGACAAAUGUUCAUCUUGGCCAAAAUUGGACGUAGAUGCAGAAAAUAUUCUAAAUCAGAUCAAUGUUGCUGUCCUAGAUAGUGACUCCCAUCAUUCUGAUAAACAGACAAGUUCAGACUCUAAGAGCUCUCCCAGCAAUAAGGUCACAAAAAGAAGGAAGAGAACUAAAAGGUUUGCUUCUUGCCCGGAGUAUGUGUACACACAGAGAAUGAGCAUCACCAAUGAUGAAUCCAAGCUGAUAGGUGAUGACCAUGGCCUAGACUACCCCACAAUGUAUGACAAUAUUGCCUAUAUCCAUGAUGACAUCAGACUGCAAAUUUUAGCAGAAUUUGAUGGCACAAAGACCUAUUGCAAUAAGGAUGGUAUUCCAAUGACUUCAUUAUGAUAAAAUAAUCAUAAACUCGCAGUAAAUUGUUGUGACUACAUUCCAAUAAUAUCAUAACAAAUACACCACAAUGUUACAGUUAUGAUCUAAUUUAAAUGCAUUCCAUCAAAGUACAGACAAUAUUUGUGCUCCAGUUCAAGCAAGCAAAAAACAAUUGUUUUAAUAGCAGUAUGGUCACAGUUUGAGGAGCUUCAAUUUUUUUAUUUAAAUUUAUGCCAUAAUAUUCAGUUAAUGGCUUGAUGACAUAACAUAGUAACUAUAAGUCAAUUUUUUUCUGCUGGUUUGAGUUUUCAAAUGUUAAAAAUGUGUAUAGAAUUAUAUUAAAUAAUCUUUGUUUUUAUGGACCCUUGAAGUAUUUAGAAGAAAAACAAAAAUAUGUAUGUAUUUAAUCUGUCAGUAUAUAUGACAUUCAUGAUCUUUAAAAAUAGAUCAAUAUGUCCUUUUUUUAUGUGUGUACUAGGUUUUUUCUCUAAUGGAACAAGUCUGCUUUUUAAGUCAAAGCAUUUAACAUGUGUGCUUACUUAUAGUCAUAUGAUCAACUAUCAGAUCUAGUGAUGAAAUUAUCUGGCCCUAGCUUAGUGUGACUGAACAAGAUGAUCUUCCCUGGGUUAUUGAUCUGGCCACUUUGAUCAGCACACCAUAAAUUCUGCAUCCAUAAGAACGUGGCCGUAGAUUUAUUACCCAAGCUACAGUGGGAAAAUCAAUUCGACUACUUGUUUAAGGAUGGUGGCCUAAGUCUGCUUGUUUAAGGAUGAUGGCCUAAGUCUGCUUGUUUAAGGAUGAUGGCCUAAGUGUGCUUG